GCGCCGCAGUCAAUCAGCUGUUGAAGCAACUGCUGACUUCCUCGGAACAACGAGGGUUGCUCGUUUGUCAUUUCUAAACCCAGACGAGGCAAAACGAAAUAUAUUCACCCUCCAAAUCCCAAAAGGGUGACCGAUAAAGCUCCUCAAACCAUGCAGGAUGAUUUACUGAUGGACAAAAACACAGCCCAGGCUCAUCAUCAGCAAGAUCCAACGCAAAUAGACCCUCCUCCCUCCUCCUCCACCCCGACCCCGUCACUGGAGCCCUUUUCCUCAUCGUCGGGGUCGGAGAGUCCGUCGACCGGGAGCAGCACUACGGACAAAGUGUCGAUGGAGUCACUGAUUCCGCCAGGGUUGAACUUCCAGCAGCAGCCACAGGAGCCUGAAGGUCCCGUAUCGCCCCCGUCCUCCUCUUUCAGGAGCACUUGGACCACGGGAAACGUCAACGUCGCGGACGAAAGCUUUUUCCAGGGAAUACCUUCCGUGAACGGGACGAUGCUUUUCCAGAACGUCCCACACCACGUCAAUGCGGUCUUCGGGGGUAAUUUCCCCCCGCAGAUGGGAGUCGCACCCCAGCAGCAGCCCCAGCAGAGAUCCCCGCUCAGCCCCAACCGUGGCCCCUACCCCCAAAGAACCGCUUAUCAGACCGCCAUGAACACCGCGAAAGGCUCGUCGUCACCGGCUUGGAAUAAUCACCAAAACGCCGGCUGGAGCACGGGGUCCAACCACCCUUGGAGCGGCUUGCAGGCAGGCAGGGACCCACGCAGAGCGGUGGGCGUCGGUGGUGGAGUUUCCUCUCCCAUGAGUCCGAUGUCCCCCAUGAAAAAACCUUACGGCAGCAAUGUCAUUGCACCCCCGAAAUUCCCAAGACCCGGUCCUCUCACCCCGAAGGCCUGGAAUGAGGACGCUGCCUUCAGGACUGACAGUGGUUUGCUACCUUUCCAGGACCGGAAUAGGCCCUUUGAUGCAUUUAGCCUACACUCUUUGGAGAAUUCCUUAAUGGAAUUGAUAAGGACCGACCACGACAAAGGACGUAUGGGCAUUAAUUUCCACCAUCCUGGAGCUGAACACAUAAUGCCACUGAACAGUCGUUCUUACCUUUUUCCCUUUGAAGAUGGCUUCCUUGACGAUGGCCAUGGUGACCUUUCCUUGCCCCCUGGCCUGAACUCUCCAACCCACUGUCAGAACGGAGAACGAAUGGAGCGCUACUCCCGCAAGGUCUUUGUCGGAGGCCUACCGCCAGAUAUAGAUGAAGAUGAGAUCACCAACAGUUUCCGUCGCUUUGGACACCUGUUAGUGGACUGGCCCCACAAAGCUGAGAGCAAAUCCUACUUCCCGCCAAAAGGUUAUGCCUUCCUACUGUUCCAAGAUGAGACCUCUGUUCAGGCCUUGAUUGACGCCUGCAUCGAAGAGGACAGCAAGCUCUACCUUUGUGUGUCCAGCCCCACCAUCAAAGACAAGCCGGUUCAGAUCCGUCCAUGGAAUCUGAGUGACAGUGACUUCGUCAUGGAUGGCUCCCAGCCUUUGGACCCCCGCAAGACUAUCUUUGUAGGGGGGGUUCCCCGGCCUCUGCGUGCAGUGGAGUUGGCAAUGAUCAUGGAUCGGCUGUACGGAGGUGUUUGCUACGCAGGCAUCGACACCGACCCGGAGCUCAAAUACCCGAAAGGGGCCGGGCGCGUGGCCUUCUCCAAUCAGCAGAGCUACAUCGCCGCCAUCAGCGCUCGCUUCGUUCAGCUACAGCACAAUGACAUCGACAAAAGGGUGGAGGUGAAGCCGUACGUGCUUGACGAUCAGAUGUGCGAUGAAUGCCAGGGGGCACGCUGCGGGGGGAAGUUUGCGCCGUUCUUCUGUGCCAACGUCACGUGUCUGCAGUACUACUGCGAGUACUGCUGGGCCAACAUUCACUCGCGAGCGGGUCGCGAGUUCCACAAGCCCCUGGUGAAGGAGGGGGGCGACCGCCCUCGACAUGUGUCCUUUCGCUGGAGCUGAGUAGUGUGGUUGCUUGACUAACCUUUCCCCAGAUUAAAAAAAAAAAAGAAAAAUAGGCCCCUCCAUCUUAUCAAUUCACGCAAAACGUCUCAUCUUCACACCUUCUGGUCCAACUCGUCUCCUCCCCGCUAACAAAGCAGUAUGAAAAGUUAAAGCGUAGAAUUCGCACUUUGCUCUGCUAUGUCAAUCAAACAUCCAAAUACACGCACAGAAGAUCCAACCAGACACUUGACUACUUUCAGCUCACUCUUCUUUUUGACUGGGCGGCCUGGUCCUGCUGAAACUCCCCCGCCCCCUUCCAUAGCCACACGGAGGUGGGGCCAUAUAAAUAUUAUGGGGGGGAAAAAAGUAUUUUAGUUUUGUACCUAUAUUCACACAUAUAUGAAUUAUUUUAAUUUAAUAUCAAGGGAGAAUGCACUUAUUUUCAAAAGAUAUCGGCCCCAAGAGAGCGAAAAAGUGUCACUAAAGGUGCAAAAAGACAUUCAGACAUUUGGGCUCUGAAAUGAUUAAAAAAAAAAAAAAAAAACAGCUUAUCAAUCACUCUAUAAUUUUAAAAAAUUUGAAUACCUCAUACACGCAACCAGAUGAGUUCACUGUUGAUUUCUAGGUCUUUAUUUUUUUUACGACAUUAUUUUUUUAGCGUUCUGUAAAUGUAAUGCUGCGAUGGCUUUGCUGCUAAAUUGACGGUAUGAUCAGAUACCAGAAGUACACACGCAUGCCUCGCGUGUAAAAACAACACAGGGGGCGCUCUUGACACAAAGAUGGCUGCCCUUGAAGUUCGCAUUUGUUUAAGGUCGCCGCACGCACAGAGUCAACAUUCAAAGCGUCGUGUGGGUAGCUGCAACCUUAAUUAACACAAAUCCAAUUUGGUGUAAAAUAACCAUGAGAAACUGUCUAUGACAAGUGAAGUACUUUUUUUUUCUUUUCUCGCAGUGCUUGUUAUAAUUGUGCAAUUUUUUGAUACCAUAUUGAGUCAGGUCAGAGUAUGCCUAGAACUGUGAUUCGUUUGAGUUGUCGUUUCACGGGACUUCUAUCAUUGGCACACGAGUAGUUGUGCUCAUUAUAUAUACACACAUAUAUAUAUAUAGGAUAAUUUGUAAUGCAAUGCAAACAGUAGUUACUUGAAACUGACAAAAGAAAUAAUUUACUGAAAAUUCACUAUUUUUGUGGUCCAACACAAUUAUUUUUGGGAAAAAAAAGACAAACACAGCUGACUUGGCAACAAACACAACGGUGUCCUCAGCUUUUUGACACGAUUAUGAACCAAAUGAUUUUACACCAGACCUCUGCACCUGUCGAACCUUUAUUGUGUCCCCCUCUGUGUAUGCAAACUGCUCCUGCUGUGUCAAGAUUGGCGGGAGCCUGUUUUAGCUCCUUCCGCUCAUGUUCAAUAGGUUUUAGAUCAGGCCACACACACCGAAGACAACUUCCAAAUAGUUUAAUGGCUUCUUCUGAGAUAUUCUUGGAUGUACUGUAAGUACAGUAUUACAUACUUUGUAUGUCACUUCGAAGUCAAGUGAAAACGGCAUAGGACGCUUUGCAUCUGUGCAGAGAAAAAUGAAUCGUGAGAUUCUGGUGUAAAAUGUGCUGCCCAGCGUCAAAGCAUUUGGUCUCAUCCGCAGGGCGGGGCUCCUUUCAAGAGGUUUACCCAAGAACAAAACAUCAGACUAUUCUGAAGUGGCCCUCUUUGAGCCCUGAUCUUAAUCCCAUGAAUCAGACAAUCACCUUUCAAACAUGACCUAUGGAAAGAUGCAUUUCUUCAAUAUUCGAUAUCCUUCAUAAAAAUAUAACCAGUACACUUUGUCCUGACUCGUAAGACAAAAGUGCCACUUUUGACCGACUGUUGCUCAAAGUGCUUUUCAUGUGAGCCAAUAGGUGCAGUUUGUGUUACUGAGAAUUCUGAAAAUUGCGAAGCGGUUCCCUCAAAAAGUAGUGCAACAAAAUAUUAUGCCAGGCCAGAGUUCGUUUUUUUGUACAUAUUUGUUCAUUUUUAAGUUUGUCAAUGACAGUUUGAAGAGUACCAAAAAUCUAGCCUUCGUGCGUUUGAAUACACCCAUAACAGCUGUCUUUCCAACGCACACAAGACAAGACAACUUUAGAUACAUAAAACGACGAGUGUCGGAUCUUUUUGUAAACGUCUCAGAAGCCAGCCAAAGAGCUAGUGAGCGUUGACAAGCAGCCGAAAACGCGGCGCUGAUGUUGUCCCUCCCACAAGGAGGCGCUGCUGCUGCUCUUUAGGCGAAGGCAUCGAUGAAGAACGUAAUUGAAGCUACUAGUUGAAAAAAAUGGCGCGUUCUUUACAUACUGAUUGAAAUAUAUACAGAUGGACCAUUUUAAGCCCCUCCCCUUUUAUUUUGUCCUACAAAGCUUGAAGUAACCGACCUGCUAACAAUCUGUGUUAUUUAUGAAAAGAUUAUAGAAUUAUAGAGUGCAGUGAUGUCAAAUGAAACUUUUUUUUUUUUUUUUUUGUAGUUCUGUGGAUAAUCCAUAAAGGAUAUUUGCAAGGUCGCCCGUGUUGUCAAUUUUUAUUUUUGUAGGGAGGUAGCCUGUGCCAUGCCCUGAAGCGCUUUUCUUUUUAGUCACAAACUGUUUUGUGUUCUUUGCUUUAGUGUGUUUUUUUUCCAUUUAAAAAAAAAAAAAAAAUGAAAUAUAUUUUUUACUGAUGGAAAGAAAGCUAAAAGAAACUCAAGGCUGAGCAUAUAUAAUAUGUAUCCCUAUGAAAAGUGAAUUCUGGGUGUUUUUUGUGACAUUUCCUUUCCCACCCAGAUAGGUUUUGUUUGUUUUCUUCUCUGCAGGAUAGUUGUCUGUUAUGCACUACCCUUUGUAUCCAAUUUUCGAGAAUCCCCACUUGUUUUUGUUAAAAGACAAAAAAAAAAAAAAAAUAGGUAAAGCUUGCUCUCUCACUGACAAGAUCUUUUGCAAUACCUCAAUAUUGAAAUAUAAUGGGAGGAAAAACUUCUAUUUUCUAAGUUUAUUCUGAAGAAAAAGUAUAUUAAUUUAAUUCAAGAGAAAUUAUUUAACAGUUGAUUUAUUGUUUUUUGUUUUUACUUGUUUGCUUUUAUUUUAAGAGUUUAUUUUGGGAGACGACGAUAGCAGGCAUUAGAAGUUUAGAACUAAUGUGUAGUUCUCGUGAGAGUACAGCCUAGUUUGUUGGGAAAGAGGGGAAAAGAAAAACAACUUUGUCCCCAGUUUGUAUCUUUAUAAUCACUUUACUAUCUUCUCAAGCCUUUUUAUUUUUUUCUAUUUUUUUCGAAAAAAAAAAAAAAUUUAUAUAUAUAUAUAUAUAUAUAUAUAUAUAUAUACACACACACACACACGUGUGCUCCAGUAAUUUUUGUGUUUUAAAAACCCUAAUCUGUUAGCUCUGCUUCAUUUCAAAAGCGAGUGAAGGUUGUAAGAAAAGAAUGUUAUUUAACCAUAAAUGAGAGACAACUUGAGUGAAAGCCCCAAAGGUGCAUCGAGCAAGACUGGUGGCCUUUUUCUCAUGCAACACUUGAAUUUGUCACAUUUUGUUUGCUCUCAAGCUAAGAACCUCUUUGUUGUUAUGUGCAAUACUGUUUGUACUAUUUGUAAAAAAAAAAAAAAAGAGAGAAAAAAGUGGCAUAAGUCUUUAUUGCAGAAUUAUUUUCAUUGUGAUUCACAAAAAUAAUUUUCUACUGUGUAUUUACCAACUCGUACCUUCCAGUAGUAUGUAGCCUUUGUACUGAGAGUUUAUUAGUUUCAUUUUUCAUUUCAUAUUAAAUUGAUGAUUUUGCGAAAGAAAGAGUGAGAGAGAGAAACUAACAUAUUUUUAUAUUUUUUUGUAUUUGCUUUUGCUGAUUCAUUUCUCAACCAUUAAGAUUUAUUGGGGGGAUUCUUUCAUAUCUGCUCAAUAUAAUAUAUGAUUUUGUAUUUUUACAUGAAAUAAAUUAAUUUUGUGAUGCUAAUUUGUUUUUUAUUUUCACUUUUUUUUUUUGGAGCUGGAGUUUAAAAUAAUGUCACAUGUGGACACUUUAAAAUGUUUAGCUUUGUGUGUCAAUAAUGUGAAAAAUAUCUAAAGGGAUGACGAUGAUUAAAAAAAAUAAUCACCAUGUAAAACGAAGGGCCACACAUAAGAAAAAAACAUAAUUGAGAGUAAAUAAUACUUUUAUUUCCUAGCGGCAUGGCCCAUUUAAAAGGGUAACUGAAGUUGUGGUAAAGUCGCGUAUUGUGAACCAGUCACCAAUGACAUCACUUCCCCUUUGUUACUCAUCAGCGCAUACUACACAGCAUUUGUAAGACUUGUGGAAAUGUUUUGAUCGCUGCCAGGCUUUGAUUCCCAACAAGUCCGCCGUCACACAUCACCGGGGCUGCCCUAUUUCAUUGAAUUGGUCCCAGUGACAAGUAGAAAAAUUAAAUGCUCUUCCAUUAGGUAGCAGUACAAUGAAUUUGUGUACAGUAUCUGUGUGUUGCCAUCUAUACGACAAAAUGCUGGAGUUUAUUGGCUUUGUGUAGAAGUAUACACAUCCAGAUUUAACACUGAGGAAGUAUAUUUAUUAAUAAAUUGAGAUGUCAGUCUUCA